CUCCUCGCCCAUGUCCGAUCCAAGAUGGCCGGGAUCCCUUUGUAUUUUGUGGAUUUGCAGGAUGACUUAGAUGAUUUUGGAUUUGAAGAUUAUGGACCAGACUGUGAUAGCAUGAGGAUAACAGCAUUCUUAGACAUUCCAGGACAGGAUAAUUUGACUCCACUGGCUCGUCUAGAAAAAUAUGCCUUCAGUGAAAAUGUAUUUAACAGGCAGAUUAUUGCCAGAGGUCUUUUGGAUGUCUUUCGUGAUUUCAGCAAUAAUGAGGAAGAUUUCCUGACUGUAAUGGAGAUUGUGGUCAGGCUCUCUGAAGACGCAGAGCCGACUGUACGUACGGAGCUGAUGGAACAAAUACCUCCAAUUGCCAUUUUUCUGCAAGAAAGUCGACCAAAAUUCCCAACAGCAUUUUUUGAAUACCUUAUGCCCAUAGUAGUGAGAUAUCUUACAGAUGUGAACAAUCAGGUUAGAAAGGCGGGUCAAGAAGCACUGCUCAUACUUUUGGAACAAGAUCUUGUUUCUCAGAGUGACAUUGAAAACAAGGUGUGUCCAAUUCUGUUGGACCUCUCUGCUCCUGACAGUGAUGAUGAGUACAAGGUGGAAGCUGUGAACAUAAUCUGUAAAAUGGCUUCUAUGCUGAGCAGAACAACAGUUGAGCACUUGCUACUUCCUCGUUUCUGUGAACUUUGCAGUGAUGGGAAGUUGUUUCAAGUCCGAAAGAUCUGUGCAGCUAAUUUUGGUGACAUUUGUAAUGCAGUUGGGCAAGAAGCCACAGAAAGACUUCUGAUUCCCAAGUUCUUUGAGCUUUGUUCUGAUAGCGUUUGGGGCAUGAGAAAAGCUUGUGCUGAAUGCUUUAUGGCGGUGUCUUACACCACAUCCCCAGAGGUCCGCAGAAGCAAACUGUCCCCACUCUUCAUCAGUCUUAUUAGUGACACUUGUAGAUGGGUUCGUCAGGCAGCUUUUCAGUCUCUUGGCCCUUUUAUUUCUACUUUUGCAAAUCCUUCAAGUGCUGGGCUCUACAUUCGGGAAGAUGGGACACUGAGUAUCCGACCAUCAGUUCAAGAUGUAAAUUCCAAUUCCUGUCAACCAACCAACAAUAUAACUGUAAUUGCCUCUACUGCAAAUGCUGCAUCAUGCAGUUUGGAACAGCCAAUGGAAAUCAAAUCAGAGUCAUCAACUGAGGAGACUUCAGCUGAAGUUCAUGUGCCACUCUCCGUUGAGAACCUUAAUAGAAACACGUGGGAAGCAAGUUCAGAUUGCUAUAUGAGUUCUGGAGAAGACCUGUCUAGACUGUCUCAGGAUGAUGGAGUUGGUGCUGGUGUGGCAGAAGUCGCUAAGGACAUCAAUUUCCCAGGAAUUACCUCAAGGCUACAAUGUUCUGAGGAUGUAUUUAAUACUUUUCUAUACUGGCGUCCUCCACUGCCUGAUAUAAGUCAGGAUCUGGAGUUGCUUCAGUUCAAGACUGAGAAGCACAAAGAAAGCUGCUCAGUGCCAUGUAAUAACUGUGUUGCUAGUAGUGAAAUAAAAAAAGUUCUGGAAAGCUUACAGGAGCACAUAGAUGAUCCAGAUGUUCAAGCUCAGGUCCAAGUGUUGUCUGCUGCUCUCAGAGCUGCUCAGUUUGAUUCUGUUGGGGAUUGUGAGACCAGGAAAAUGGAAGAGAGCAGUGGUGAACUUCAGAAUAAAACCAUUUCAGAUCAAACAGCUGUUUCAGAUGCUACCUGCAACCGGGUGGAGGAAGACACUCUUUCAUCCUCCGUGUCUCAAGAUGGCAUCACUGAGCAGCCCACUACCAGUAUACUGAAGAGCACAGACUCAGAACAACCCAGAGCAACCAGUGUAUUUUUAAAGAAAGAACAGGAAAGUCCUCCGCCAUUUGAAGAUGACAAGUCAAAGUUACAGGAUAUCAUACCUCAACCUUUACUAGACCAGUACUUGUCCAUGACUGACCCUGCUCGAGCACAGACGGUUGAUACUGAAAUAGCCAAGCACUGUGCAUACAGUCUUCCUGGAGUGGCCUUAACGCUGGGUAGGCAAAACUGGCACUGCUUGAAAGAUACCUAUGAGACACUGGCCUCAGAUGUACAGUGGAAAGUACGUCGAACAUUGGCUUUCUCUAUACAUGAACUGGCAGUUAUUCUGGGGGAUCAGCUAACAGCUGCUGAUCUGGUGCCAAUUUUCAAUGGCUUCCUGAAAGACCUAGAUGAAGUGCGCAUUGGUGUCCUUAAACAUCUCUAUGAUUUUCUAAAGUUACUUCACGCAGACAAAAGACGAGAAUAUCUUUACCAACUUCAAGAAUUUGUGGUGACUGAUAACAGCAGGAACUGGAGGUUUCGUUACGAGUUGGCAGAGCAGCUAAUCCUGAUACUGGAACUCUACAAUCCCAAUGAUGUCUAUGACUACUUAAGACAUAUUGCACUAACUCUCUGCUCCGAUAAAGUUUCAGAAGUUCGGUGGAUCUCCUUCAAGCUGGUUGUGGCAAUACUACAGAAGUUCUAUGCAAACAAUGCAAAUGCACUGGGAUUAAAUUUCAUUAAUGAACUCGUAGUGAGGUUUCGCCACUGCUCUAAGUGGGUUGGAAGACAAGCUUUUGCCUUCAUUUGUCAGGCUGUGGUAGAAGAAGAAUGUAUGCCUGUUGAUCAGUUUGUUGAACACUUACUCCCCAGUCUUUUAAGUCUUGCUUCAGAUCCUGUGCCAAAUGUAAGGGUUCUGCUUGCCAAGGCUUUAAGGCAGACAUUAUUGGAGAAAGCUUAUUUUAAGAGCGUUGGCAAUCCUCAUCUAGAAGCUGCGGAGGAGACUAUUCUAGCUUUGCAGUCUGACAGUGAUCAAGAUGUGUCCUUCUUUGCUACCAUAAAACUAAAACAAAACAACAUGGACAGUACUCCCACUGAAAAACAAACCUAAUAUGUUCUUCUCCAGUAAGUUUUGAACAUCAAAAUGAUUAUUUGCACAGCACUCAUGGUUAGUAUGAAUAAGGUGAACAAACAGAAACUUCUCCUUGCCUUCCUGAGUUAAAAAGGGCCUAUUGAGAAUUGCUGUAAUCUUCAUUCCAUGACCACCUUUCAUCUCCAAUGUUUUUCUACCUUUGUUUUUGAGCAAUUGAUUUUUGGUGAUUGGAGAUCACAUUUCUUUUUUUAACAAAACAGUUCCAGUAGUUUGCUUGCUAUAAGCUUGUAUUAUUUUCUAAAUCUUACAACUUGAUUAUAGCAAGUUUACCUGAAGAUAUUAUUUCCUUGGUUUUAUUGUAGCUUUUGUAUUGUUUCAAGUAUUGCAUUUUAUUUUAACUGGAGGAAUUGUACAUAUGUGUAUAGCUCUUAAAUUUUAAAAAAGGAUGAAGAAUUUAAUUCUGUAUCAGUGGAAAAAAGCUCAAUCAUUUCAUUUUAUAAAGUAGUUAUUCUGCUGGAGGUAAAGCACGGUUCAUUUUUACUUAAUAUAAUGUGAUAUUUUUCAAAGCACAGAGCUCUGACUUUUUUUUUGGUGACUUUUUGUUACUUAUUUCUAAACUAUACUCUUACAGGUGUUAACACUGCUUUUGUUACUGCUGGUGCUUGUAGCUGUAGAGAGACUGUUAAUUUCCAAACUGAAAAUUACUUAUUGUACCCUAGUAAAGUUCCCUUCAACUAAAGGAUUCAGUUCUUACUACAUGUGUAUUAUCUUAAGAAGGAUAUUGCAGAAUUUUACGGACUUCAAGCUUUUUUACAGGUCUAUUUCAUGCCCGCUUCAUUUGAAAAGCACUGUUAAGUGGGCCAACAUUCAGAUUCCCAUCAGCCUGUUACUUUUUUCAUAAGAUGUAGAGGACAUCUAAGUUCUGGAGAAACUCCAAAUAGUAAGUGUUCAGGGUAAAGAUGUUAAUUCAGUUUGCUCUAGAACUUUUCUUUAUUAUAUGAUAAGCGUUGAGGCAGACAACAGAUAUAGGUUAUUAUGAUCCUUAAGCUUGAGCAGGACAUGCCUUUUGUUGAUUUAGACAGGUGUUUCAGAAGACAAUAUACAAAUGAAACAAAAUUCCAUUAAUCUGAUAUCUUCUCACUAGUUUGCAGAAUAGCAACUGCUAGUACUUUUUGGUGGAUGCUGUCUUCUGUCAUGCUCCAGACCUACAUUACCCUACAGGAAAUGUAGAGCCUGAAACAAAAAGAGGGUUUUUUUUUUUGUUGGUUUUUUUUUUUUUUUGGUUUGGUAGUUUGUCCUGUUCAAGAAGAAAAAGUUCUCAGUACUAGAAAAAUGGUCUCAUGUAAUAAGUUACUUUGAGUACCCACUAAUUUGUUGUCAGUAGGCCUGUGGAGAUAUUUCUGUCCUCUUAUUUCACUUUAAAUUGUUUUUUAAGAUGUGGCAUGUCUGAGAUAUGGAAUCCAGCUGAGAAACCUACUUGCUGUAUUUUUUAAGAGUACAGUUUUGUAUAAGUUUGUCUAACUAGUCUUGUAUUAUAAUGUACAGUAUUUGUAAUAAAUUGUUUUCUUGUAAGUUCACAAUACUUUUGGAAGGUAAAGGCAGAAAUGUACCAUUGCCAUCACCACUCUUACAGUAACAGUAUAAACUGUAAAUUCUUCAACAUUCUACAUUUAAUUUUUUACAAUUUUUUUAAUAAUUUUAAAUGGUUCUUCACUACAGACUUUUUAUGAUUGCAAUUUCUUAACAAAGAUUCUUCAAGUUAAUUUUUUCUAGUUCUAAUAUCUUUUUCUAAUGCUGGCAUUAUAUUGGUAUUUUAUAACAGUUCAAAUUUUCUAAGGCCCUUCUGAUAAGGUUUUACUUCUGUUUUUCUAUUAUCAGCUCAUUAAAUUUCUCAGCACUGAUCAAAAUUUGUGUGUGUAUAUGUAAGUAUGUUUGUAAUGUACAUGAAGUUGAACAUUGACACAGCCCAGGUUUCUAUUUGUUAGAUAAUGAUUUGUCACCUUGCAAUAAUCCACUGAAAAACACACAAGCUUUCGUGUUUUGGCAUGUUUGAUUAGUGUUCAUUAAGAAUUUUUAGUUAGAAUAUAUAUAAACAAUAAGCCGCCAUCUGUAGAAGUUCACUAAAAGCUAAAUAAAGAUCUUUGUUUUUGACAGUAUUUAAUACCUCUCUAGCUCUGGAAAUCACAUCUUUUCCAAAUGAUAAGAUUUCAGUAGAGCAUUUAAAAACUUGUUUAGACUCUACAGUUGCAUGCACUAAUGGAGGACACCAUAGCUUUUGGGUAUGUCUUAUUUUCUUUUUGUAGACAAUGUGCCGGUCUGUUAAUGCAGGUUUACCCUUUACAAGAUUUGCCUUUUUGUUAUAAUUUUCUACUAGAGAUGAUUUCAGCAUGACUAAAGACCGCACUUUAUGUCUUGUUCUAGACAAAUGUGUACAAUGAUGAGUAAAGCUGUGUGUUAACAUACAAUUCUCUGGGUUUAAAUUAUGCAAAAAAGUAUGUGUUUUAACAGCCAGAUGAAACAAAGUUAGUUAGUUGAUCCACUUCCACAAAAGCAGUAAGGAUAUCACUUUAAAGCAUUUCUAGCUAAGGAACAUGAAAAUAACGUUAGUGGGUGCAAUAUUGCUUGACUGUUACAGGAAAUUAUCAAGCACUUGUAAUCCAAAGCAUGUUAGUCAUGUUGCUUAGAAUUGAAACUCACUGGUAUCUUAUGUAUGAUGUACACUUGGCAUCUGUGGGGAUGCUGCCCUAGCGGCAGUUGUGACUGUACACAGUGUUGUUUAGAACCCAGUUAAAUGGAGACACUCUGGAAGUGUCAUUCAUUUGUCAAAAUAGAGAAUCUAUGUAACUUUCUAUUUGUAUUUAUCUCAAUAAAAUCUGUGACUGUUUUAUAAAUCAA